CAAGUGGAAGUGGCUUGUGUGUUGGCACCAGAUGAAGAUGCAGAUACAGAUGCUGAAUCAGACAACAACACGGAGGAUGACCAGUCUGCCUUGUACCAACCGUAAGUAAAUACAAAAUAUAAAUAAUCUCAUAAACAACUACUACACAUAAGUAUAUAAGUGAACAUGGGAUGUAUUUUAUUGAUUCUAAUCUGCAUACCAAAUGUUUUCCAGACCAAUGAACCAGUCAUGGGACAACAAACUGAGAAAGGCAAUGCAAAUGAGUGGUUUGUACCAAAAGCACCCUCUGGAUUGUGAUCUGCUGGCUGGAUUUGCCAAAUAUCUCCGCGACGACCACAACAUUCCCAAUUUCAAACAGGAGGUUAUGUACAGCAAUUUUACUUUAAUUUAACUGUUGAAAUAUUUUUAAUGAGAAUUACUUAAUUACAAAGUAGUUAUUAACUAUGCAACUAACAUUAUUUUUAAUUUUCAUGUACAGGUUGCAAAUGUGUCUAGGUUUUUGUUUUACAUGGACUCCAUCAAACCUUCCCUGGAUUUUGUCAAUCAAUUGGAGAAAAGCAGGUCCUUUUUUACCAAGCUUGCAAACAUUGGACAGAAGAAGCAAACAAUUGCAAACUACAUGAAGAAUCUGAAGAGGUUUCUUCGCUACAUCACGACGUCAACAAACCUCAUCCAGACAAAAAGGAGCUUGUAUGAGCAAUGCAAGCAUUUCCAAGACUGCCUGAAUGACUUACAGAAGUCCAUGAGCAAGCAGGUGUCUCAGGAAAUUACCGGGAAAAGGUAUAUAUAUAUUUAAAAAUGGAUCCUCACGGAAACGUAGUUAACAUUUUUAAGUGUGCGUUAUUGUCGUUCUUCAAAAUCAUGAAUGUAUUAUUGUUUUUCUGCAGGUACACACAGAUGGUGACGGUUGCAAAGACACUAAAAGAAUGUGUGGCAGUCUUGGAGGUGGCCAAGAAAGACUUUCUGGGUGUCAUUGGGAAGGCCACGAGUGAAGAAUCUUUGGACGAACCUGAACAACUGCUCAUGCUGUCCUACCUGGUGUCUCUGCUCAUGCUGAAACAUCUCCAAAGGGCUGGAGUUGUAAAAAAUAUGACCGUAAGUUAACUAAUGUCAUCUAAUUGCUAUAAUGUUGAAUCGUAUUUUGCUUUUUUUUGGCAUAUGUUUUAUUGAUAUGUCACAUUUCCUAUUGUAGCUGAACGAAUGGCUCUCAAGGAAGGAGUGCAUCUUGCCAAAUGGUGAGAAAUGGACAGUCAUCUGUGUUAAGCAACAAAAGACAGGGACACAGCAGGUGGCAACCGUUUCGUUAGACGAGGAGGAAGAUGCAGUAAGUAUAUUUACCACAAUCUGGUUAUUGUGAAUGAGAUUGAUUUAAUACAAACCUGGUAAAUAUGUUUUUUUUUUGUCUACAUUUUCAGUGGUUGGAUACGUACUACCGACACGUUCGACCAGCUUUUCUUCAAAACUGUGAUGACGUGGAAGAAGAUGAGAGAUUCUUCAUUUCCACAGCUGGAAGAGCCAUCUACAACCCGUCCAAUGACCUACAAAGGUUUCAGGCCAAGUAAGUUGAACACUGUUAAGAACAACGCUGUUUUUUUUUAUCAUUACACAAUACUUUUAUGACAGUACAGUUUUCUAAAACCAAAACUGUUUUUUCUUGUUCUUUCAUCAGAUACAAACUCCCCAACAUCACCAGCCAGGUAGCAAGGCACAUUUUUGAGACACAUACCAAAGCCAACUUCACGGAUGCAGAGAAGGCACUUGUUGCUGACUACUUGGACCAUACAACUGCCACAGCUUACAGGCACUACCGCAUCAAGACACCACUCAAUGCCUGCAUGGGAAUGAAGCUGAUCUCCAAAGUUGCCAUGUCCAGUGAAUCUGAGUAAGUAUUUAUACUCAUUAUAUAAAUGACCCUUUACAAUGUCUUGUAAAGUUGUUACAUAUGGCUAACACGUUUUUUUGUUAUUUUCCCCUUUUUCAAGUAAUGAGACUGCAGGCCCCUCCUCCGCAAGCACAAGUUGUGGAAGAGGAGCAUUGUCCAGCAGCCAAACGUUGGAUGAGGCACAGGCCUUGAACCUCUUCUAUCAAAGCUUCCCUGUCACAAUUGAUGGACAAUCAAUCAAGAAGAAGGACAGACUACUGAUUGCAGGAAGGCAUGAGAGACACUGUUAUGACAAGUGGAGAAACCAGCAAGAGAAAAUGAGACGGGAUUAUGUGAUCGGUAAAGAUGCAGCUAAAACACAAUAGACUGAAUACAAUUUUUAACAUAUUAGGUAUUACGAGAAUGUACUUGAUUUAGUCACAUAACUACGACUGUAAGUAGUCCUGGAUAAGGGCUUCUGCUAUUGAGUAAAUGACAUAAAUAAUAACACAUGUAUUUUUGUCUUUGCAUUGUUACAGCUCACUUCCCCAGAAGAGAACCCACUGCCAGAAAAGCAGAGAAAUACAUUAAACGGCAGAACUGGGAGAAGAACAAAGUGAAGGUGGAGGAUGUCCUUCGUUACUGGCAACCUUCAAGUGACAUUGACACAAAAAAUGAAAACAACGCAAUUGUGAAACUGGUGAAGUCCCAGAAGUGGAAAGGACUGUCCAUUUCCAGUGACCCUGUCAAAGGAAGAAAGGUCACGACAACACGGAAAUUUGCCAAAGGGGAAGUCGUCUGUGACUACCACGGUCUCCCGCUCUCAGGGAAGCAGGGGAAAGAACUUUUGGCAGCAACAGAUGAAGACGCGGUGGGGUACCUAUAUUUCUACAAGGAUGUAUCAGGGAAAACGUGCUGCAUAGAUGCCAAGACUGUGCCCUGCCCUUGCCAUCCAGAGAAGGACACAAUUGGACGGAGGAUCAACCACUCCAGAAAGAGAAGCAACAUAAAAGGUCAGCUUCAGCAACUUGAAGAGGACGGCAAAGUGUGGAACGUCAUCCUUUUCAUUGCCCAACGAGACAUUCCGGUUCAGGAAGAACUGUUGUUUGACUAUGGGGUGUCAAGAAAAUAUUUUGGUGGAGAAGGAGAAGAUUUGGAACGGAUUAACAGC